GACUGCUGAAUGGUGAUUACAGGCGACCUCGGUAAAGACCAUCGAUCGACAUAUAUGGCCAUGUCGGCGUCGGCGCGCACGGGGGCCUCCGCGGUGUCCGUGGUGGCGGAGCUGGAGGGAGCGCUGCUGCGAGACGCGUGCACGUUCCCGUACUUCAUGCUCGUGGCGUUCGAGGCGUCGGGCCUCCCGCGGUUCGCGGCGCUGCUGGCGCUCUGGCCGGCGCUGCGGCUGCUGGAGCUCCUGAUGCCCGGGGCGCGCGGCCGUGGCAUGGUGACGCGCUGCGCGGCGUUCGUGGCCACGGCGGGGGUGCCGGCGGCGGAGCUGGAGGCCGUGGCGCGCGCCGUGCUGCCCAAGUUCAUGGCCGACGACGUCGACCCUGCGGCGUGGGCGGCGUUCGGCGCGUGCACUGGGAGGCGCGUCGUGGCGACACGCAUGCCGCGGGUCAUGGUGGAGUGGUUCGCCAGGGAGCACCUCGGCGCGCACGAGGUGGUCGGCUGCGAGCUCGAGUACAGCCGGCUCAGGCGGUCCACGGGGCUCGUCAGGGGCGGCGGCGACGAGGCACUCGGUGCCCGCCUGCGCGCGCUCUUCCGCGACGACGGCCGGCCGGACCUCGGUCUCGGCAGCCGGUCGGGAAUGGCGCGGUCCUUCUUGCCCUUCUGCAAGGAACAACUCCAGCCGCCAUUCCUUGUGGACGACAUCACAAAUCAACCAAAAUGUCCUCCGUUUCUACCAGUGAUCUUCCACGACGGCCGCCUCGUGCGUCGGCCGACGCCUCUCACGUCCCUCGUCAUCCUCCUCUGGCUCCCCCUCGGCGUUCUCCUCGCCUUCGUCCGUAUCACCAUCGGCCUCAUAUUCCCCAACGAGUUCAUCCCCCAAAUCAUGCCCUUCCUUGGCGGCACCAUCAUCACGCACGGCAACCCUCCUCCAGCCCUCGCCACCGACGGCAAAGGCUCGCCGCCUCCCGGCAUCCUCUUUGUCUGCGCGCACCGGACGCUCAUGGACCCGGUGGUGCUGGCGUGCGUGCUGGGCCGUCGCCGCCUGGCCGCCGUGACCUACUCCAUCUCCGGCUUCUCGGAGACCAUCGUCCCGAUCCCAACGGUGCGGCUCACGCGCGACCGGGGCGUGGACGCGUCCCGGAUGCGCGCUGCGCUGGCGCGGGGCGACGUGGUCGUGUGCCCUGAGGGCACCACGUGUCGGGAGCCCGUGCUGCUCCGCUUCUCGGCCCUCUUCGCAGAGCUCAGCGAACGGAUCGUGCCCGUGGCCACAAACUAUCAGGCGGAGCUCUUCCACCCGACCACGGCCAGGGGGCGGAAGGCCAUGGACCCGGUCUUCUUCUUCAUGAACCCGCGCCCGGUCUACGAGGUGACGUUCCUGGACCAGCUGCCCGCCGAGGCCACGUGCGCCGCCGGGAGGAGCCCCGUCGACGUCGCCAACCACGUGCAGAGAUUGCUCGCGGCCACGCUCGGGUUCGAGUGCACCGGUUUCACCCGCAAGGACAAGUACCGGGUGCUCGCCGGCAACGACGGCACCGUCAACGCCAAGCCAGCUGCGGCGCCGACGACGAAGCCGGGAUGGCAGCGCCGGAUCAAGGGGGUGCUCCGGUUCUUGCUUCGCUGAUUAAUUAAUCAGUGGCUAGCUGCAAAGGGAACGUUGGUUCUAUACAUGCGUGCAUGUAUGCAAAGACGUGAAAAUACGAGUCCGUAGAACCAGGGGAAAGCCAAGUGAAAGCACAAGAGUGGGUAAGUAUAAAUUCUAUGAGUAUAGUAGAUAAUUGUGCAUUAUGCAGAGGAAAAUAAUAAUCAAAACAUGCGCGCCUGAUAAGGAAAAAGACCGUGCAGAGAAGUUCAAAUUUGUAUUGUAAAAAAAACCGGUUGCACGUGUACUUGUAACUGGUGCUUCCUAGGGACGGCAUUACCAA